AUGCAGGGAAUGGGGAAGACAGAGAGAGGGGAGCCGGGCCGAGACAUCGAUUUGACAUCGCUGAGAUCCACCAUGCCGGCUGGCGGCCCGCUGCAGGGCGGUUCCAACCUGAACAUGAACCUGUACGCCACCAAGAAGUCGGCCGCUGAGGGCAUGUUGGACAUCGCUCUGUUCCUGGCCAACAUCACACACAUGAAGACGGUCAUCGAACAGGGAGCUGGAUACAGGUACUACGCGGCUGUUCUGACGCUCAUCUCCUUCUCCCUGGCUCUUCAGAUUGUGGCUGGAAUCCUGAUCAUCGUCAUCGCUCGUUUUGAGCUGACCCUCCUCCCCUCCUGUCAGCGGUGUUUAAACUUCCUGAACAAUCUGAUCACGGGCAUCAUCUUCCUCACCCUCAUCGUCAACAUCAUUAAAUCGGCGUUCGGCACUCAGCGCAGCUGGCUGCUGGGAUGGAUGUUCCAGCGUUUCUUCCUAUGA